GUUAAACCCAAAAAUAACCUCACAUUAUAGUUACCGUCAAUCACAAGUUACAGCACUUUCGUUCACUUCACAAUUUCUCCCGAGCCUGGGCCAGAAUUUUCAAUCAAAGGCCAAAGGAAAAGAAAAAAAGAAAAAAGAAAACACCCAGAUAUCAUUUUAUUUUUGACAAACCCAUGUUCAUCCAAAAACUUUGGCCAUCCACCCCCAACUCCUCACAAACGCAACCUCUCUCUCUCUCUCGUAUCAGCAGACAGGUCAGUAGCAUAACACGUUCACUUCACACUUUCUCUCCCAUCUGAUCCAAAACAAAAAUAGACCCUUUAUUUUGACACACCCAAUAUGCAUCCAAAAACAUUUUAGUCCUCGCCAAUUCCAAACAAACAAACAAACAAACAUGUCAUGUCCUCCAAGCUCCAUUGUUUACAACACAACCCUCUGCGCAUGUCCACCAGGCCAAGUCCUGAACUUCUCCACAAACAGAUGCACUCUCUUCCAAGCCAUCUCCGACAUCCAAACCGACUCGGGUGUCGACUACUCCAUAGGAUUCCCAGCGACCAUCUUCGACUUCGACUCCAUCAGAAAGUUCACACAGUCACAGGCUGUCUUCUUGGAAGCCACGCUGGUGAUGCUACUGUCCUGGCUUGUCUUCUGCUUCUUUUUGCGCUUCAAGAGUCUUGGUGAUGGCAGAAAUGCCUGGUUCAAGAUCAGGUGGUGGAUUAGCAGAUUGGACGUUUCCUUUGCCACCAGGCAUUGGCUGGAUGACCAGAAGGUAGUUACAAAGCGGAAGACAGAACUUGGUGGAACAUUCUCGAUUGCAAGUUGGAUACUUUUCAUUGGUUUGUUUGCUGCGUUGCUAUACCAAACAAUAUCUAAGAGAUCUGUUGAGGUGCACAAUAUCAGGGCAACAAAUGCACCCGACUUAGCCUCCUUUGUCAAUGACAUGGAAUUGAAUAUAACCACCAUUUCUAGUAUGAGCUGUUCAAACCUACGUGGUCUUGAUACUUUGGUUACUGGGAAUCCUGGCUUUAUUGAUGAAAGAUUCUCACCUCUGUCAGGAUUUGCAAACUACUCAUGUCAUAACACAAGUCAGGGACCAACUAUAAAUCUUAGAUGUAGCCCUUGUAAACUCAUCCAAGACAAUUUGUACAUUUCUUGGCAGUUUGUUGAUCUUUCUAAUAAUCCCGCGACUGCAGUUGGAUUUCAAUUCAACCUUACCGCUAGAAAUCAAGCCAACAAGAAACAUGUGAGCUUUGUAUGUGGAACAUUAAAGAAUGGAAGCAGUUUUGAUGAUAAACCAGUUACAUUCAGGGGGAGAGAUGCAAAUAUAUUGAAAUUUAAUUUAUUUCCCCGAAUAUACCGUAAUCUACAUGAUCUAAGGCUCAUUCAGCCUCUAUUUCAUGAAUUUCUCCCGGGUUCAUCAUUAUAUGAGGCAAGUCAGCUCCAUGCCUCCCUUGAAAAUUCCAAUGAUGGACUAAUCAACACCACAUUGUACGUAAACCUUCUCUCUGCCUACAUUGUUGAGAUCAACAACCAAAAUAUAAUGGGUCCAGUAAGCUUCCUCGCAGAUCUUGGUGGCCUUUAUUGCAUCAGCAUUGGGAUUUUCUUCUAUCUUUUGGUGCAAUUUGAGUACAGAAUCAAAAAACUCCGCAAUGAAGAUAGUGUUUUGCGAAAGAUUAGAAAUCGCCGAAAGGCUCAAGAUCACUGGGAUAAAUUAAGGAAAUACGUAAAGUACACCUGGGGCUGCAAUACGUUGGAUGACGACUACAAGAAGCCUCAAAAUAAAUCAAGUUGCAGUAGUUUUAUGGUUCAAUCAGUUCACAGAAAUGGAUCAUCACACAAGCGGAGCCAACAAAACAAAAUGGAUUUCAACAAGAAACUUAGCUUACCUAAUGAGAAGACUGCUAUUUCAGAAAGCAGCUGCACUACCGGAGUGAAAUCUUGUGUAGCAGGAACUGCACCAAUCUCUCAAGGGUGGAUAUCAGAUUCAAGUGAUGCACCUCCAGUAAAAUGUAAAGUUCUUGGCUCUACGGAUAACACGAAACAGCAUUCUGUUGGUUUAUGCAAGGGAGGUUCCUCCCAGCCUCAAUCAUUUACCCUUGCGGAUGAAAAUAUCAUUCCCUCGCCACCUACACUAGAAUUGGAGGCUGGUUCUGAAAUGGAAAUAUCUGAUAUCCAGAAGAACCUCAGAAGUUUGUAUGAGUAUAAUGUCAUGCUGAGGGAAAAGCUCGUAGCUGCUCAAUUAUUGCUUCAUGCUUUGGCUAAAAAGUCAGCAUCUCCUAUAACAGAGAGCAAUACGUAGAAUUGCUGAAGUAUCUAAGCAAGUAAAAGGAGUCCUUAUCACUCCACAUUACUCAGAAUUCUGUCAGAGUUCUCUCAAGGAUGCAUGGAAUUUUCUGCAAACCUUUGUUCUUGGGAGGUUAAAUAUUGUGGCAGUAAUCAUCCAUUAGAUGACCACUUGCUUCAUGGAGAGUUAAACCUUGUCACAGGCCACUUGCUUGGAGGAUUAGACGGUGGCAUGGUAAAGGAGGGGAUACUCCAUGUACUUGUGAUAUUUCAAAUGGACAUUUCCCUUGAUAUGGUCAUUGCUGUUGCUUUUAAAUUAGAGUAUGGUUCAUGGAUGGGCUGCAGAAAUGAUAUUGUUUAUUGAGUCCUAUCUUACCUGCAUUGUAAUUGCAGAACAGGCCCUGCUGCAUGUACCAUAAAUUCCACUGUAAUUGUUUCAGAUUUUGAUUGUACAAGG